AUGACUUUCAUAGUUAGUCAAGUUAAUGAUGUAUAUGGCAUAGAAACACAUCUAGAUAACAUAAAAUUACUAUCAUCGCCUUUCUCUUCUGAGUACUUGCCUUCUUCCUGUGAAAGUCUUCCGCCUCAUAUAAAAACCAAUACUUCAUCCCAUGUUGUAUCUUGGAAGGAUAUUUCUCAAGAACUCUGUCCUUAUCCACCAGAACUUAAUAUUUUCUUUCAACGAAUAUUUGAAAAAUUUGCACGUCAAAGUGUUCCUGAUUUAACAGAAUGGCCUAAAGGUUAUGCACCUUGUUGGUUUUGGCAUCAAGAUGAAUGGCAUGGUACAUGUGCAGAUGGGACGAAGUACCAUAUAAAUACUAAUUACACGCAAUGGAGAGAUGUUGAUAUAAUAUAUAUAGACUAUCCGUUCUUUUUAAAAAUAGAUGAACCACCUUAUUAUGAUAUAAAACAAAUUCCUCAGCACAAAGCCGGACAAGUCUGGUGGUUUCGUUUCGCAGAUGAAGGAUUAGGAUAUUACUGGUUUGUUGGUCUCGAAAGUUUCCUUAAUCUAUUCGAUAUUACCUUGGGUUCACCUGGAGAUCUCUUUGACAUAUUUCAACCCGCGUAUGGGAUACAUAAAGACAAUAUUCCUAAAUUUUAUGAAACUCAUGUACCAUUUAAUGAAAAAAGAGAAGAUGUAUUCAUUUCCUGGAUGGCUGGUAAUUGUAAUCCGAUUAAUAAUCGAACUGAUUAUGUCUAUGAAUUAAUGCAACACAUUACCAUUCACUCAUAUGGAAAUUGUCACCAUAACCAAGAAAUUCCUGACAAUAUUCGUGAAAAGUAUGGCAUUAAGGAAGGAGAAAGUGCAUAUUAUUCAACUCAUAUGUAUGAAGUAAAAAUAGAUACAAUAUCUCAAUAUAAAUUUCAUAUUACUUUUGAAAAUUCAAAUUGUAAAGGCUAUGUCACGGAAAAAGUUUAUGAUUCUUUUCUAGGAGAUUCUAUUCCCAUAUAUAUGGGAGCACCUGAUAUUGAUAAUUAUGUUCCUCCACAUUCAAUUAUAAAAGUUAGCGAUUUUAAAAAUGUUGAAGACCUCGCUAAGCAUAUCUAUAUGGUAGCUAAUAAUCAAACAUUAUAUGAAAGUUAUUUUGAGUGGAAAAAGGAUAUGACUCAUGAGAAUUUCU